AUGGAGCCAGCUCUUCACUGCUACGAUUGUCUCAACACAACAACACUGAACCCUUACCACAACCUGAAGUGGCACCCGGUGUCCUUGUUUUACGUUGGCAUGAUGAUACUCAGCAAGAGGAAGGGAUUUGUCGGGGUCACAAAGCUAGAAGGACAGAUGAGCAAACUGAGGCCCAAGAGGAGCGAGGACUGGCUUGUGGUUAUAGAGCAGGACGAGGCAGACCUGGGGCUAGAACUAAGGUCUCUGUGUACAGUUGAUGCUCCUCGGAAGGAGAUGGGGCCCUUGGGGCUGAGAACUGGGCUGUGCCAAGUCACCAUUCCUGAGGAGGCAGCAGGCACUUCCCCCGCUAAGGCCAACGGACAGGAGAAUGGCCACGUGAAAAGCAAUGGAGACUUAUCCCCCAAGGGUGAAGGGGAGUCACCACCCGUGAACGGAACAGAGGAGGCAGCCGGGGCCACUGGCGAUGCCAUCGAGCCAGCACCUCCUAGCCAGGGCGCUGAGGCCAAGGGGGACGCCCCCACCAAGGAGACCCCCAAGAAGAAGAAGAAAUUCUCAUUCAAGAAGCCUUUCAAAUUGAGUGCCCUGUCCUUCAAGAGAAAUCGGAAGGAGGGUGGGGGUGAUUCGUCUGCCUCCUCACCCACAGAGGAAGAGCAGGAGCAGGGAGAGAUCGGUGCCUGCAUCCAGGAAGGCACUGCCCAGGAAGGGAAGGCUGCCACCCCUGAGAGCCAGGAGCCCCAGGCCAAGGGGGCAGAGGCUAGUGCUGCCUCCAAGGGAGGAGACACAGAAGAGGAGGCAGGGCCCCAGGCUGCAGAGCUGUCCACUCCCUCAGGGCUGGAGAGUGGCCCUACACCUGCCAGCGAGCAGAAUGAGUAGCUGGGUGGGGGGCAGGUAGGUGAUCUCUUAAGCUGCAAAAACUGUGCUGUCCUUGUGAGGUCACUGCCUGGACGUGGUGCCCUGGCUGCCUUCCUGUGCCCAGAAAGGGAAGGGGCUGUUGCCCUCU